AUGUUAAUAAAGUUAAGUAUUGUACUAGUGACGCUUGUUACAAGGGGAUUAUGCAACAACAUUUUGACGAGUCCAGUAGAAACGGAAGGUGGCCGAGUAGUUGGUCUUCAACUGUCAACUUUGCCAAACGACAUUCCGUACUUUUCGUUCAGGGGUAUUCCUUACGCUGAACCUCCAGUAGGGAAUUCCAGAUUCAAGCCUUCUCAACCAAAGCUGCCGUGGUCGGACGUUUUGUAUGCUUUGAACGACAAAGAAAAAUGUCUCCAGAUGAAUAAUGGCCAAGUUUCGGGAUCGGAAGAUUGUCUGUACUUAAAUGUGUACACGCCAAAUACUAAUAUUUACGGAGGUUUGAAACCAACGAUCGUUUGGAUUCACGGGGGAGCUUUUACCACAGGGAACGGCAACAGUUCAUACUACGGACCUGAUUUCCUUCUGGAAGAAGAAAUAGUUGUCGUAUCGAUUCAAUAUCGCUUAGGACCUUUGGGUUUUCUAAACGUAAAUCACCCAAGCGCUUCCGGAAAUAACGGCCUCAAGGAUCAGAACUUGGCUUUGAAGUGGAUCCAGAGGAACAUCCGCAAUUUCGGAGGUGACCCGAACAAAGUGACACUGAUGGGCCAAAGUGCGGGUGGUGUGGCGGUGGAUCUCCAUAAGUUGUCAAACAUGUCAGCUGGUUUGUUCCAGCACACAAUUUCCAUGAGCGCAUCUCCUCUUUGCACGUACUGGGCGUUCCAAAGUUACGAGGAAGCAGAAGAACAAGCCUAUUCCCUUGGAUCUAAAUUUGGAGUGAAAAGCAGAGACGCGGAUGCUUUGGUGAAAAAGCUUUUAGAAGUACCCGCGGAAGAAAUAAUUCAGAAAUCCAGCGAAUUGCCCAUGAUUCCUUUCAGACCCACGUUGGAGCGAGCCGAUGUUGCACCCGAGGAGCCGAAAUUCAUAACCGUGUGUCCACCGAAAAAAUACUAUGACGGCAAUUACAAUAAGGGCCCCCACAUGAUGGGUUACACCUCCGCUGAAAUAUUGUCAAUGUCAAGUACUCUCGACGAUUUAAUUAAAUGGCACAAGGGAGCAGCGCAGUCCAUCAAACGGUACAAAAUCGCAAAAAUUUUCCCAACCACGUCGGAGAUCUUGGCCAUAAAGUUUGAGGCAAUAGCAACGUUAAAAAGAAAAGCCUUCUCCAAUCUGAUAAAGCGAUUGUCUGAUGUUUAUUUUGUGUCGGGGAUCGAUAUGACGCAGCAAUUACUAGCUAAAACGAAUGAAGCGCCAGUGUAUUAUUACCGCUACGACUUCAAAUCACCGGAAUCGGCUCACAAAUCCGAGGGAAUUACGAUACUCGAUGGCGUAGCACACGAGGACGAACUGCCAUACAUAUUUCAUCGCCCGCACUUGAAGAUGUCUUUCCGUGAUCCUGAAAUUGCCCGCAAUAGAGAUAGACUCGUUCGAAUGUGGACGAAUUUCGCGAGAUACGGGGAUCCGACUCCAUUCGGUGCCGAAGAUGGACGAUUGGAUGGGGUGACGUGGCCAGACUCGGGCAAGGAUGGAGCUCAUUUAGAAAUCAACGGCAAUCUCACAAUCGUCAAAACUCGUCGGACCAAUCCUUUGAUAACUCUGUAUCAAAAAUUAAAUUUCGGUGACUCGAAUAUUUACAAAAACUGCAAUCAAAGUGUGGUGAGCGACAUCAUUAGCGGAGUCAUGAACAUUCCUGUCGCUGUUGUAGAAAUCAUUUCUCACUUCAAAAAAUACUUUGGAUAG